AUGAUCGACACACAGGCUAUACAAAAUGUGGUGGCGUUCUUUACGUCGAAUCCGCUCAACUCCGGAUUGACAGGCAUGCUGAUCUUUGUGAUCGCGAUGCUUGUAUACAUCCCCGAUCCAUUCUCGGAAAUCUUUACGCCGUCGGUCGCCGACGCACGCCGGAACCUCGAUGCGAACUCGGCGUAUUCGUCACUCCCUCUUGACCACCCCAAGUCGAUCGAGUUCCUGACGUAUACGCCCAAGACUCUCGCGGUGUACGACGGAACAGGCGAUGAGUCAUCGCCGGAGGGUAACAAGAUCCUCCUUGCCAUCAACGGUAACGUCUUUGACGUGUCGUCUGGCCGCAACUUUUACGGACCGGGCAGCCCGUACGGAAACUUUGCCGGACGCGAUGCAUCGCGGGGUAUGGCAAAGCAGUCGUUUGACCUCGCGAUGCUCACACCGCUCGACCAGCCGAUCGACAAGCUCGAAGACCUUACCGACAGCGAGCGGAAAAACAUGGCGGAAUGGGAGUCGCACUUUGCAGGAAAGUACGGCAUUGUGGGUCAUCUCGUGAACGAAAACGAGUUAUUCCGCGACGCUGCGCAGGAGGAAGAGACAGAAAAGGCGAUGCAAGCCAAGAUCGAAGCGGCCGGGCGCGCCCAGGAGCCAGUGUGGACUGGCGAGGAGCGCUUCGAGGAUGCCGUACUGCGCAUGCUCGUAGACAAGUACAAGCCCAUGCGGCGGGGCGAGGAUGCGCGUACGUCGGAGUCGGCGCGCCUCAGUAAGGCGCAGCGGCCCACUGCACGGCCGACCUCUGCCGUGGAGAGCGUGGGCGCGAACGGCGUACGGAUUCGUAAAACGGGCAACAACCCUUGGGACCUCUCGUACAUGCCGGGGCCCUCGCCCGAGACGCGUGUCUACCGUGGCAAGUAUGCGCACAUUGAUAUCGAGGCGCCGGCGUCCGAGAUGAAAAAGAAGCUCCAGAAGCACGGCGUGACGCCGAAUCAACUACCCCUUGACAAUGCCAAGGCCAUGGGGCAGGUUCGUGAGUCGCUGCGGCGAUCCGUACUUCGCGAUCGAAUUGAGACGGCACUCGACAAAAAGGUGCGCUAUCCCGAUCGCAAGAACCAGGCCGAGCCGAGCGAUGAAGACCAGAACAAACCCCUCCUUGGCGUUGUCACCGCUGCAAAGGGACUCGCUGGUAUCGCCGAGAUGCGCAUUGAAGAAGCAAUCCGCACCGGCUCGCUGCAAAAGAAUUCGUUGCGCGGAAAACCGAUUCCGUACGACCACAACGAGGGCAAUGCGCACCUCCAGCGUGAAGAGUUUGUUUUGAACCGCAUGGUGCAGCGUCAAGGCGGUGCGCCGCCGUGGGUCGAGAUCAACAUCGAGCUCGCUACCGAAGAGCGCUCGCUCCGUCAGCGUAUUCAGGCUGCCUGGAUCUGUCGCGCACUCUACGCGCUAGAAUUUCACGCGCCAUGGCAGCAGAUGGAGCCGGUGCAUGUCGACUGGCACAUGCACGACAACCAGCCGACGGAUAUCCCCGAUUAUACCUUUGCCAUCCGCAACGAUGCACAGCGGCAUUUGGUCGACUGGGCACGCAACUUUCGCGACGCUCAGUGGGUCGUCGACCAACGCAGCUACCACGAAGAGGCGGUAUACCAACUGAAUCAAGUGAUUCGUCGCUAUAACAAUAUUGCACCUUUUACCGCGCGCAGAUUACUCUAUACCAAGGCCAGCUUCCUGCGCGAUACGCUGGAUCGCACCUACCCUCUGGUAGUGGAAGCGGCAAGCGCGCGGUUGCGUGGCCUGCGCUUGACAGGUGCGCAGCACGCUGCAGAAGCGCCUAGUGCGCCCAAAGCACCCAUAUACGAGCCGAUUCUCCGCUGGUUCCGACCCCAGCGUGAAUAG